AUGCUAGAAUCAACUCAUUCAAUUGAUUCGACAGCUGUGAAUGAACACAACAAACAUAUUAUUCGUCCGCCAACAUUCACUUCAAAAGCGAUCAAAAAUUAUUUAAUUACAAGAUUUACUUCCUUAUGGGUUGGUACAGAAGAGUUAAAGAAAUACACUUGGUAUGAAGUUUUAAAUCCUUUCCAUCCAUUACUUGAACUAAAUUUACAUCAAUGGAAUUUUUUCUUCAUGGGGUUCUGGUGUUGGACUUUAGAUGCUUUAGAUUUUUUUAUUACAAGUUUAAAUGUUACAGCAAUUAGUGAAUCCUUAAAUAAAAGUACAAAAGAUGUGACUUGGGGAAUAACGCUUGUUCUUAUGCUUAGAACAGUUGGUGCUAUUAUAUUUGGCUUAAUCGGAGAUACCUAUGGUAGAAAAUGGCCAUACAUUAUAAAUUUGAUUUUAUUAUGUGUACUUCAAAUUGGAACAGGGUUUGUCAAAACCUAUAAAGAGUUCUUAGCUGUAAGAGCUUUAUUUGGCCUCGCCAUGGGAGGAGUAGUGGGUAUUUGUUCUCAGGAAGCACUUUCUGAUUCCCCUCCUAAAGCUAGAGGAGUCCUUCUGGGGAUUUUUCAACAGGGUUAUGCUUUUGGAUAUCUCCUUGCUGUUGUAUUCCAAAGAGCUUUUGAAAGAACUACCAAAGUUUGGCAGAAUAUGUUUUUUUUUUCAGCGGGUGUAUCCGUUAUAUUUAUUAUAUGGAGAUUGAUCAAUCCUGAAACCGAAAGUUUUCAACGUCAACGAGAAAGAGCAUUGAAAAAUGCCAAAUCUAAAAAAUCACAGCUUGCCGAGCUUAAAUCUUCUGCAUCAAAAGCUCUCAAAAAUUAUUGGUUGAUUAUUAUCUAUUUGGUUGUUUUGAUGUCUGGUUUCAAUUUUAGCUCUCAUGGUAGUCAAGAUUUAUAUCCAACAAUGUUGACAAAACAGUACAAAUUUAGUGAUGAUAAAGCCACAGUAGUCAAUGUUUGUGCUAAUCUUGGAGCUAUGACUGGAGGUAUUGUGUUGGCUCAUUUAUCGAAUUUUAUUGGUAGGAGAACCGCUAUCAUUAUUGGUAAUAUUAUAACUGGUGCAUUUAUUUAUCCUUGGGCAUUUAAACCAAUGUGGAUCACUGCUUUUAUGAUGCAAUUUGGUAUACAAGGUGCAUGGGGUAUGGUUCCAAUUCACUUAUCAGAGUUAUCACCUCCCCAGUUCAGAGCUUUUGUUGUAGGUUUUGCAUAUCAGUUAGGAAAUUUGGUUAGCUCAGCUAGCUCUACGAUUGAAGCUACUAUUGAAGAAAAAUUACAUGAUUAUGGAAAAACAAUGGCUAUUUUCAUUGGCGCAGUUAUUGGGUUUUUGCUCCUUACUACGUUAUUUGGACCGGAAAAUAAAGGUGCUACGUUGGGUAUUGAGAGAGAUGAUGAAUAUAGCAUUUUCGACGUUGAAGAUGAAGACGAAGAAGAAGAACAUAGAUCAAAAUUGGAUGAUAAACAUGGUGAUAUAACACUUGAAAAACCUGAAACUGAACAUAUAGUUUAA